GUGACGUAAAAAGACGCGCACUGAAUUCAAUUGUCUUCACGUGAAUAAUAAUACUACGGCCAUCGUCUAUGAAAGGGGCACUUAAAAGUUCACUCACUCUUUUAUUUCUUUACAUAAAUAAAUAAUGUUAGAAGAUUUAGAGUAUUCAGAACAAUGCCACAGAUGUAAAGUCUCGCCCAAAAGUGAAAUUAUUCGCAAAUGCCCUUAACAAAAAUGUCGGCUACGAAAAUGCUACCCGGAAGUAUUACAGAUUCUCAAGCACGUUUCUCUUCACAGUUGUGACUGACCCAUACCAUGGAGCCUGGUGUUCGUUUUCCAUCCCCGGUACUCCGACCUGCAAUGUUUAUGGGGUCUCCUUUGUUUGGUCCUCCAGGCAAUUGGAUACCAGGACCACCUCCUCCUCUGCCUUGGUACGGAGGACCGCUACAGUGGAGACCUAAUAACUGGCAUCAGGGUCCCCCUGUCCAGUACAGAGGCUGGCAUCAUAGUCAAGAAGGUCAAAAGCAAGAUAACAAUGGAAAUAGCUUCUCAAAUGGAAAAUAUGGAAUUAAAGAUCAAAAGAAUAAAAUUAAAAGGGAACCUGUUUACACGCACUAUUGUGACACUUGUGAUCGUGGCUUGAAGAAUCAAGAUAAAUAUGAUGAGCAUAUCUCACAGCAUGUCAAGUGCAAAGAAAAAGACUGCAAAUUCAAUGCCCACGAGAAGCUGGUUAACAUUCAUUGGAGAAAUAUGCACGGUCCUGGUGCAAAGAGAAUAAAACUGGAUACACCAGAAGAAAUAGCUAAAUGGAGAGAGGAAAGAAGAAAGAACUUCCCAACUUUGGCAAACAUUGCAAGAAAGCGCCAGAUGCAAAAAGAAAGAAGAGAUCGAGGAGACGUGUUAAAAACCGCUCAGUUUGGUAAGAUGAAGCGAAUGUGGAAAGGCCGAGCAGGCGGUAGUGGUUAUAGCCAAAUUGGUAAACGGCACAAAAACCAAAACCAAUCCAACACCUCAACAGAAGCAGAUGAACAAGUGAAAAAUAAAACCAUUAAAAAGGAAGAAAAAUAUGUUGAUCCCCUUAGCAUGCUAGCUGGUAGUGAUGUUGAAUCCGACAAGGAUGAAGCAGCAGGGAAUGAUCAAGCCGCCAUAAUCGUAAUCCCAAAACAAGUGACAUCUGGUUUAAGUAGAUUAAUUGCCAGCUAUGCAAGCAGUUCAGAAAGUGAUGAUGAGCCAGAAGAAAUGCCAAUCAUGCAUGUGGCUAAGGCUUUAGAGGAAAAUAAAACUAUUCUUCAAAUGCACACUCCGAGUCCUGCUCAACGAUUGGUAAUGGAAAAUACAAAUAGACCCCAGAGUGUACAGAAUGCAAGUUCAGAGAGCAAAGUGCAUCACAACAAAAAACACCAUAAACGUGAAAGGAAGCCUUUUAAUACAUCCACUAAACAUCAACCUACUCUCCUGGAGAUGUUAUUGGCACAGGACAUCCGUCAUGAAAGGAAUGUGAUUUUGCAGUGCGUUAGGUAUAUUGUCCGAAAUGACUUCUUUAAUGUCAUUGAGAACAAAAAGUCUUUAAAUGGCACAUCACAUCACAAAACUGUUACUGCUUCAAAUCACUGCUUGCUGGAAGAAAGUGGAUCUCCUGACACUGCUAAUGAGCAGGACAUGCCUCUGGUAUUAGAAAGUGAGCAGAAUAAUGGGAUACUGAAAGAAGGGAGCAGCAGUCCAGUCUAUGUUCAGACCUCUCAGUUGAAUUGUGUGGAUGAAGAGAUUUGGGAAAGUUGCUGUGUAUAAAACUAUUGUGUAUAAGUCCUGUUGUACACCUAGAGUUCUCCAGAGUGGAGAAUACAGAAUAUUAAAUUGGCAUAUUUUGCAUGCUGACAAACUUUUUCACUGCCAAAACAACAACCAGUAGUGUAAAGAUAUAUUUUAUUUUUUAGUUUCAUUAAAAAGAUACCAAAUUAAGUGGAUCUUUAAAGUGAGUUUUUUUUUGUUUGGUAAUUCUUAUACCUUUUCUCUAUUAAAGGGUGUUAUAUUAAAA